GACGCCGAGUCAGUCUGCGGCGCGAUCUCAUAGGGGCAGGUCGUCCGCCAAUUCGCUCUCCCUCUCGCUGCUGUUGUGUUUGUCUUUAUCUCUUUCUCUGACUCUUAUUAUUAUUACCGUUACACCUGCCCUCCGUUCCAAACCUCGCUAACUCUUUUCUCUCUCUUUUUUUGGGGGGGACUAAAACAACAGUAAAAAUAAAAGAAUAGCAGAAUAUAAAAAAAGAAUAUCAAUGAGUUUCCUUGAUCUUGACAUUGGAUAACUUUUAUCGUCUGACAAACAAUGAAAAUCAAGAAUUAGCAACGUCUGAAGAACCACAUUUGACCAGAAACCCGUUGAAAGAGGACAUCGCAGGCAACAGCAGACCCUGAGAAGACGGACAGACACGGUAACAGAGUCAGCAACAAGUCAGCAACAUGAACGAAAGAUUGCUUUGUCUCCUGGUCUUCGCCCUGACGCUGCCCCUCGCGCACCCCGAGGGUGUCUCUGUCGUGCGUGAGAAGAGGCAGGCCCCCGUGGGCGUGCUCAACCCGCCCAUUCCCACGUCCGUCGGCCACUACUUAGGCGCGAACAAGCCCGUGGACAACUGCCCGCGCGACGAGGUGACGCUGCCGGACGGACGCUGCUACCCCCUCCUGACGCAGGGCCCUUGCGCCAUCACCGAGUACGUCCUGCUCGACCCCGCCACCAACCAGGGCUACUGCGCUCCCCGCCUCUGCGCCCCCGACAGGAUCUUCAUCUUCAGCGACCAGCUGUGUCACGACCCGAGGAACACCCAGCUGUGCCCGCCGGGUCGCCAGCUGUACCAGACGAGCUUCGGGACGCCCGUGUGCCAGUGUCCUGACGGCACCUACGAGGGCGACGACGACCUGGACGACGACGUGUGCGAGCCGCUGCUGGGCCAGACGCUCCUCUGCCCGCCGGGACAGGUGUUCUGGUUCCGCGACUUCAGCCAGCCCCCCGAGUGCCUUCCCGACCCGUGCGGCGGUGACAACCUCAACCGCGGACCCAAUGACCUGCCCUUCGUCCCCGCCGCCGACGGGAGGUGCUACCAGCUGGGCUCGAACCCCUCCGUGUGCCCAGCCCAGACUUGGUAUUCGAUUGCCCUCGAGAAACUGCAGGGCGUGUGCGCCACCUUGCAAGACGCCGGUUACGAGGUCUUCGACGCCGCCACGCUGGCUGCUCUGACGGAGUUGUACGGCCCCUUUAUUCCCAGGGACACCACGGCACCCAUCCCGGUCGCCCCGGGUGCUCCGGGCGCGCAGGGUACUCAAGGUGCCCAAGGCGCCCCAGGUCUCCUACGCUCCCCAGGCGUCUCAGGCGUUCCGGGUGCCCCUAGUACCCAGGGCGCUCAAGGUACUCCGGGCAUCCAGAGUGCCCCAGGUGCCCAAGGCGUGCAAGGUGCACCAAGCCUGUCAGCUGGUGCCCCGCGCCCUGCCCAGUUGGGUGGGCAAGCUCAGGUUCCUAGUCAGAGCCUGAAUGUCAUUAACGGCAAUGGCGCUCUGGGAGGACGCCAGCCGGGCAGCGCCUCGACUGGCCAAGCAGGUGCUGCAUCCCCAUCUCCCACCGGCCAGAGGAUCACAGCUGGUGGGCAGCUGUCGACAGCAGGGCCUGGCAGCUUUGGGGCGCCAUCUGUCGGGGGCGUUCAGCGGCCGCAAGCCCCCUCCGGCGGGUCCCAGGCCUCUUUCCGCCCUUCGUCUGGCACCGCGAGUCAGGCUUCGUUCAGUCCUGUCCAAAGUGGACAGACUGCUUUCCAACCUUCAGGCAUCCAUUCAGCCGGCGUCCGGCCCUCAGUUAGCCGGCCAGCUGCUACUGAAAGCCACAGUUCAUUCGGUCCUGGAGUGGGCCAGAGUGGUUUUAUCCACUCAGCCAGCCCGCCAGUCAGCCAGGGAUUCCAGAAGCCUUCUGUCCACUCUGUUGGCAGCGGGGCGCGACCCUCCUCCGUCCAGCCAGCGAUCCAAGCGGGUCACUCCCCGGGCCCCGUUCGGGCAACAAUCAGUCCGCAGUCCUGGGUUGACGGUCACUAUGCUGGAGCUUCUGUGCCGCCGCAAAGGGCAUCCGUCACCUCUGCUCCGCUGCCGUUUGCCGGCCAGCCGGGUAGGGACACUUCAACGGGCAACUUCCCCUUUGGCGGCCAGCCGGGUAGGGACACUUCAACGGGCAACUUCCCCUUUGGCGGGCAGCCCGGAGCGUCUCAGGGGGCCAUCCCCUCAUCGUUCUCAGACGAGGCCUUCGGAGGAGUCCUGGGUUUCUCCAGCGGCGACGGCUUCUCAGACUUCUCGUCGGUCCAGGAUGACGCCUCCUUCGAGCUCUUCGACAUGCCCGACUCCAGGGCACUCUCAGGCUACAGCUACGAAGAGCCUCAGGGGCGUGCGUUCGGUCCAGACUUGGGCGUGAGGAGAGCGAAGCUACUCGCCCACGUCUCGCUCAUGGGCGGCGGCAUAAACUACGGCCAGCUGUCCAGCCUCCAUGCGCCCGCCGGACACAAGCUGCAUAACUUCUUCAAUGGCGUGCGUCAGAUUGUGACCAACCUUCCGAACUCAACGGGCACUCACCACCGUUCGCGUCGGUCGCCCCUGCCCCACGCCACGCCGGGAAAUGUCUUGGAAACGCGGCUGGUCGGGUGCCGGGCGGGUGCGCAGAGGGACAUCAACGCCAAGUGUCGGGACACGUGA